AGUGCAGCUCCAGUCUCCCGCAAGGAAAUGCAGAAGCACAACCGUCUCUGUUCUCCUCUGCCAAUUCCAGCACGCUGGCUUUUGGCAUCCUCACGGAGCCUGCAAAUUGUGUUGACAAAAAGUAAUGGGAGAUUGUUUAUUUCCCAAGUCUUUAUAUUCAGUCAAUAGCUGCUUCCUCUUUCCUACUCACAUUUUCCCAUAUGGUGACUUUGGAAAAUUCCUCUCCGAUUUCGUUGGGAAGUGCAGGAGGCUCUCGUUGGUAGAGGGUUGCCUGUUGCUCUCUAAUUCUGCUGCUCACAUCUGGAAAGGAUCUGGCUUGGAAAGGGGAGACUCGCUGUGAGCUCAGUGCAUGUCACUGACAUGGCAUGUGAGGGAGCCUGUGGGGGCAACAGAAAUGUUCUUCUCCAUUCAGCUGAGUUCUGACAGCAAAGGUGCUGUCCCGGCCCGCGGGCAUGCCGGCGGCGGCCGGGCGCUGCUGGGCUGCCUGGGGCUCCCGGCGCUGCUGGCGCUGGGCUGCCCCGCCCACACCGACACCGAGCCCGAGCCCGAGGCGGCCCGGCCCCCGCGGCCCGGCCCGCCUGCCCCCCGCGACUGCGGCUGCACCCAGGAGGGCGUCGUGGACUGCGGCGGCAUCGACCUCAAGGAGUUCCCGCUGCUGCUGCCCGAGCUCACCAACCACCUGUCCCUGCAGAAUAACCAAAUAGAAGAAAUCUUUCCAGAAGAACUUGCUCGUCUUUACAGACUGGAAACUCUCAAUCUGCAAAACAACAGGCUGACUUCAAAAGGGUUGCCAGAAGAAGCAUUUGAACAUCUGGAGAACCUGAAUUACCUGUACCUGGCAAACAAUAAGCUAACAGUGGCUCCGAAAUUCCUACCAAAUGCCUUGAUCAGUGCAGAUUUUGCAGCCAAUUAUCUCACUAAGAUAUAUGGGCUCACAUUUGGACAGAAACCAAAACUGAGAUCUGUGUAUCUUCAUAACAACAAACUUUCAGAUGCUGGGUUACCUGAUAACAUGUUCAAUGGCUCUGCUAAUGUGGAGAUACUCAUCAUGUCCAGCAAUUUCUUGAAGUAUGUGCCAAAGAAUCUCCCUCCAGCACUGUACAAAUUACACUUACAGAGCAACAAGCUGGAGAAGAUUCCCAAAGGAGCCUUCAGUGAACUCACAGGUCUGCGGGAGCUGUACUUACAGAACAACUACUUGUCUAAUGAAGGAAUGGACAACGAAACUUUCUGGAAAUUGUCCAGUCUUGAAUACCUGGAUUUGUCCAGCAAUAACCUCUCACAAAUCCCAAGUGGUUUACCUCGAAACAUCGUCCUCCUCCACCUGGAGAAGAAUGCAAUUAAGGUGAUUGACAGAGAUGUGUUAACCCAAAUUAAGAACCUGGAGUACCUUCUGCUCCACAAUAACAAAUUAAAAGCCCGAGGGAUUCACCCAUUAGCCUUCCAGGGCUUAAAAAAGCUGCACACUGUCCACCUGUACAACAACAUGCUGGAAAGGAUUCCCAGUGGGCUGCCCCGGCGUGUGAAAACACUUAUGAUCCUUCAUAACCAGAUCUCUGAGAUCAACAGGAAUGACUUUGCUACCACUUACUUCCUUGAGGAGCUGAACCUGAGCUACAACAAGCUCAAAAGUCCCCAGAUCCAUCGGGAGGCCUUCCGUAAGCUGAGGCAACUAAAGUCCUUGGAUCUUUCUGGAAACAAUCUCCACACAGUCCCCUUUGGCUUUCCAAAGAACUUGCAGGUCCUGAAGCUGAAGGAAAACGAGAUAAGCAUCAUCCCAAAAGGGACUUUGUCUGGCAUGACAAAACUGCGGGAACUGUAUUUGAGCAACAAUAAACUGAAAGUAAAUUCAAUUUAUUCAAGAGCUUGGAGAGAACUCAGCAGUCUCCAGUCACUAGACAUGGCUGGCAACCAGCUGACAUCCAUCCCACUGGGCCUGCCGGAAUCUCUGGAAUAUCUGUAUCUCCAGAACAACAAGAUCACAACAGUUUCAGAGCAUGCUUUUGAAUCCACACCCAAAAUAAAGGGGAUUUACCUCAGGUUUAAUAAGAUUGCAGUUGGAGCACUGAAAGAAAGUACCUUCCAAAACCUAAAGCACUUACAGGUACUGGAUAUUGAAGGGAACCUUGAAUUCAGCAACAGUUCAAAGAAUAAGGAUGAUUCAGAAGAGGAAAUGGAAGAUGAGGAAGAGGAAGAAGAACUGAGAUAAAAUGUGAACUCACACAAUCACACCAUGGGAGAGGAAAACAUAUGGAAACUUACAUAUAUGUCUAUGUGUAUAUAUCUAUAUAGAUAUACAGAGAACACUUAGCAGAACGUGCAAUGAAUUACGCAGAAACUGUCGUGGCACUGAGCCAGGCUCAUGGAAGACAGUGUGUUACAGUGCCUUAUUCAGGGAAAGACCCUGAAUGCCUUUCCAAAGCUUCCAAAUCAUCUUAUACAAGACCCAGGAUCAUAAGGGAUUGCUUGGGAACUCACAAAAGCUGGCUUUUGUUUCUUCUGUUUCUCUUCCUUCACUGUUUCCAUCUGUAAUACGGGGCUGUUUUCAACACAUGCCUUCAAAUGCCAUUUUUGUCGCUGCAUUUUAAGUGAACCAUGUAUAAGCUUCUUUUCCUCCACCCCAAAGAAGCUGUUGCUGAUCAGGCAAGAUGAAUAUUUUCAGUAGUUUCAUGUGUGGAGCAGUGUAUGAGGCAUUUUGGUCAUCAAGCAACACUAAUAAUUCUGGGUGCAACUACUCCUCUGUUAUAAAAAUGUGUAUAUUUGGAUGAGAAAAACAAAAUAAGGCUGGAUCCCAAAAUAUUUUAUCUCUACUGCCAAAGCCUGCAGUAUAUUCCUGUUUUAGAAAGGUUUUAAGAUAAAACUAUUGCUCUUGUGAAUAUAUAUAUAUAUAUAUAUAUAAAAUCUGUAUGUCUGCCUUCCAGAGCUUUGCUAAAGUCUCUGUUUGCUCUUGUAUGCCCGUGUGGCAGUUGUGUGAACGUCUCUAAAGGUAUGGAGUGACACUGUGAAGUGUAAUAUAUGUGGUUGAAUUUUUUACAUAGUGUAUCUUAUUCUCAUUGAGAGUCAGGAGUGAGACUAGUGAUGUAAAAGAGAUAAGUGAGCGUGGGCUGUCUCGGGAGAAAACUGUUAAGUGUCAAGAGAAAUUUGUUUAGUUCAAGUCUUGAGACAGUGCCUGGUGUUGUACUCAAAGCCUCACCUAUUUUAUGAUGUCAAGUACUUUCAGCUCCUGUUGGAGUCAUGGAAAAUAAGGAAACCAAGGAAAAGAAGACUCACGGAGGUACAAGUUUUUUAGUUGAUUAUAAUGUCCUUCAUCUGAGGCAGUUAAUCUGCAUGAGGAAAUGGUCUUUUCUUUUGAGGAUUUCUGAUUGAACACAUGUUGUUUUGUACACUGCAUUCCAGGAUUUACUUGGAAACACAGUUGGCUUAAUUUUUUACCAGCUGUUUUCCUGCUGGAGAUCUAGUUCCACACUCUCCCUUUGGUUCCCAUAGCACAUGACAGUAAUUUCAAGCUGUUUCCUACCUUAGACAAUUCAACACAAUCAUCAAUCAUAGAAGGAAAGAUUUCUUCCUGAAAAAAAUAAGAACUUGGCCCUAAAAACUGCAAACCCCCAUAUUUUUGAACAGCAGCUAUACAGCUGAGCAAUAAAAUGACCUUCUUGACUGCUGGGA